CGGUUAGCAACUAGCGGCUCUCGUCGAGAGUAAGUGGUUGUAUUAGUUAAAGCGUCUGUUGCAGUGAUUUUGUAUUUAUUGGAACGUCAAUGUGUCAAAACGCACACACAAUGUGAUCGUGCUUCAAGCUAAAUUUGGUCAUAAUUAAUCACCGGCUACGAUAUCAAAAAUGGAAGACUUGCAUACAUUUAUCAUCGAUUCAACUCGGAAUAUAACGCAGAGAGUAUGCAUAAAAGAUCAAAUCAAAAUUUGGAAAAGAUUGAAUGGGGACAAAGAGCCGGAAAUUUUGAUUGAUUUGGAAGAAUUUCGAAAUGUAUUUGCACAACGGGACGAUGUUGGUAUUUUGCUUGGCGGUCGAUACCAAAUUUACAACAUUCUUUUUGAACGUUUUGUCAAAGAACUGCUUGUCAACAACGUAAAAUUAACGUUUUUCGCCGCUGCACAUCAAACAACCGAUGAACUGUAUCUCUUCAUACCAAAAAUGGAGCGAGAUUACUACAAAUACAUUCUUCUAAUCGACAAAUGGACUGCGGACGCAACUGACACAAAAAAGCGUUCGACCGGCGAGAGGAAUUUAAUCAUUCCUGUGACAAUGGAGCACAACUUGAUUGCAUUGAUCAAGAAAUUAUGCCCCAGGGAUUCACUGCACAUCAAUUACUAUCGACACACGCAAGAAAUGGUUAAAUAUGCCAGUGCUAAUUCGAAGAGGGUUUUGGCGAUCAUUUCAAACAAUCUGGAAUUGCUGCUAUUCGAGGGCUCUUAUCAAUUUUGGUAUGCAAACAGCAUUGAUUUCCGAAUGUUGAAAAUCUGUUGCUUCUGUCGAACUGCACUAGAGAAUUCAAUGGGCCUGAACAACACAAAGCAGCUGCAACUUUUAUCGGUGCUAUUGGGCUCACCAUACAUUCCAUCCGAAAUUCUGGAUCAAUUCCUGCCAAAAAGAACACCAAACCGAAUCCACAAAAUGGCCGCUUACAUAAAGAAGAAUACAACCGCAUCGGGAUUUAACCUAAAACAAAUUGUGAAUGACAUAUUUGUCACAUCAAAUGACAUGCAGAGCAGUCUUAAUGCAAUAGAAAAUGGUUUGAACUGUUUCAAUAUCAGAUUUUCAGUUGCCAUGCCCAACGAUGAUGCCUUUAGCAAGUUCAGCAAAGAACGAAACAUGUUCAUAUAUCAACUAAUCGUUGAUGACGUGUACCUCAUGAAAGACAUUUUGUAUCUUGACUAUCGUAAUGGCAGAGCAGCAACGCUACCCGAUCUGCAAGUGCCACUCAUUCAGAAAAUGAUGGGUAUAUUAUUCAAAACGAAAUUGGUCAAACCCAUGGAUCGAAAGAUUUGCAUCAAAUUAGCGCAUAAUGAGCCGUAUCGUGUAGUUAAAGUUCCCAUUAUUUAUCCGAAUGUACCGAUGCCGAACAUCUUUGAGGUUAUUUACAAGAACCGCGAAACAAAAUACGACAACUUACGAUGGUCGUUGUUAGCUUGGAUCUUUGAACUUGAAGAUGAAUUUCGUGAAAAUUUGCAAAGCCUGCCACAAGCAAAAACAGCCGUUGUACUCACGCUUCAAUAUUUGACACAGAAUGGUGUGAUUAGCCAUUUGGAAGCUGAUGCCAUUCUGAGUUCAGAGCUCGAGGUACGUGCUAGAGAUGAAGGCGUACUACCACCCAGCAUCCCAUAUCCAGACACAAUCAAUAUUGAAUACGUUCAGAUCGCACAUUUGUACAGCAAAAUGUUUGUAAUGGUCAAUCGUUGCCUGGAAAUUUGUGGCCUCAAUCGUCGAAAGUCAACUAUGAGUUCAGACGAUAUUGAGUUCGAAAGAGGCGGCGGCGGUGGCACAGGUGAUGUACUACAGGAUAAUGCCAACGAAACAAUCAAAGAUGAUGAUCAAUCGACGGCGACGACGACGACGACGACAACAACAACAACAACAUCACAACAAGCGCUCAAACAAUUAAAUCAACUUACAUCAAAUAAUAGCAAUAGCUCCGGCAGUAAAGUGACAGCUACAACUGUAGCCUCAACAUCGGCAGUGAGCACAUCCAAUUUGCAAAAAAUUGAACCAAAACUAACGAUUCCAGGAGCGAAAAUUGUUUACAUAAAAAAUCCGAACGGGACACAGCAAUCGAUUCGAAUCGGUGGUUCGUUGAUCGGCGGAAAUCAAGUGGUUAGUGCAAAUAAUUCGAACAGCAAUGCCAAUGCCACGAGUUCGACAAUACAAAAAGUGCAGUUGCUGCAAUUGAAAAAUAAAAAUGUCGUUUCAUCAUCGGCCGUGCCGGCAACCGCAGCCACUUCCACAACGAGUCCACGUUUUUUGCUGAAGAGCGGAAAUGCGGCACCAAAGUUUAUCAUUUCAUCCGGAGCUACAGCUGCUAAGAUCAAUCCAGCCGGCGCUAGUGGAUCAAAUACGCGAACAAUAACCGUGCAGCAAAUGAGUCAAAUGGGUCUCAUUGUGCCAUCGAAUAAGACAAACGCCUCCACAGCCAGUACGAGCAGUUCGACUACCACUAAGACUCUCGUUCUACCCGCCUCAUCCUCAUCUCCAUCAUCGUCGGGCGGCACGAACAUCGCUUUGAAAAACCAGCCAACAAUUUUAAACAAAGGCGUCAAACCGAUACAAUCACCGCAGAAAAUAUUGAUACAGUCGGACAGUGGAGGUGAUGGUAAUGAGUCAAAAACGAAAUCGCCGGGUGCGCCAAAUAUUGUGAAGGUGGCUGGUACUGGUCAACAAGUGAGGGUUCUUCAAGGGAAAGGAUUGCAAUAUGUGCGAGUAUUAAAUGCAAUCCCGUCGGGAAAUGCAAACAGCACAACAGCCACAACAACAAGUAAAAUUGUCAAUGGUCGUCAGCAGCAGGUGAUUGUGCAGCGAAAAAUAGUGUCGCAACAGGGUGGCGCUCAAAUUUCGGCGGCGGGUGGAAAACCGCAACAAUUCGUUACAAAGAAACUCGAAGUGAUGCCAAUUGGUUCAACGACAAAGAUAAUCAAAAAGGAACCUAGUACGGGACAGCCCGUUAAAACGCCAACCACUUUUCUGCUAAAUAACGUGCAAAAAAAUAUUGUAACCUCGACCAUUGACAUAAAACCGGUCACUUCGAAUCAGAGCGACUCAUUCGAAAUUACUGAAACAAAAGAGGAACCGUCAUCGCCAUCGAACGCAGUCAGAAAAUUCACAACUCGCACAUACAGUCUAAGCACUGAUCGCAAAUCCAAAUCACCCGAACCAAAUCAAUCGAAUUUGAUGUAUUCAACGCUAAAAUUACCUUCACCGGAACCCAUUGAAGGUAUACGACGGAAACAUUGCAACUGCACGAAAUCCCAAUGCUUAAAAUUAUACUGCGAUUGUUUUGCAAACGGUGAAUUCUGUUCAAACUGUAAUUGUAAAGAGUGCUUUAACACACUAGAGAAAGAGGAUGAACGCCAAAAAGCCAUAAAAAUAUGCUUGGAACGAAAUCCGCAUGCUUUCAAACCGAAGAUUGGGAAGGCUCGCGACCAAAGUGAUACGCUUCGUCGUCACACCAAAGGCUGCAAUUGCAAGAGGUCCGGAUGUUUGAAAAAUUAUUGUGAAUGUUAUGAAGCGAAAAUUGUGUGUUCCGCCAAUUGUAAAUGCAUUGGUUGCCGCAACAUCGACGAUCACAUGGAUAAUAACGACCGUGACAAUUCGCAUUACGAAGUCAAUCAAUCGAUAAAACGGACAUAUGAGCAGCGGGACGAGAAAAUUAAAACGGAACCAGUUGUUCCGGCGAAGAAGCCAUGCAAUUUCAUAACACCUGAUGUGAUUGAGGCCACGGUACAAUGUAUAAUUGCACAAGCCGACGAUUGCCUUAAAAACAAUUGCGAUGCUAAAACGUCAGAGCGUAAAAUUCUCGAGGAAUUCGGACGUUGUCUGGUUGAAAUCAUUGAGUUUUCCAAGAAAAAUAAUGAAAAUGCCGACGAAUAGUGAAUUACAAAUCGAAGAAUUCAGGGAUAUGCUCUGUAGUCAUCUUUUAAAGAGAAAUCGAAUAUGUUUCGUAGAAUUUUUGACAAAAUAGGCAAAAGAAAUAAAACCCUUUUUUGAAUUGUAAAAAACAAAUACACACACACAUAUAUAUAAGUAUAUGGAAAUAGUAAUAAUUUGCUUAGAUUAUUUGGAGUUCAAAGAAAAUCUAAUGUUAAUCGACAAUCGAAGCUGGCAUCUCGGAAUGGACUGACCCGUUUUUAGUUUUAUGUAUUCUUCAUAAUUUAUUAUUGAUGAACAUCUUUAGUUUGAUUAAAAUCAGCUUUCUUUUCAUCAUUUAGUAAUAUAUCGUAUUUGUAAAUAAAAAUAAAACCAUUUACACGUAGGAUGAUAGAUUAAAUGUAAAAAAAAACAAACCAAAUUGCAUAAUAUCCAGCAGCAGAGUGACAUGAAGGGAAGCUUAGAUUUGUACCUUUUUCACAAAAGAAAAAAACAAACAAACAAACAUUAUACCCUUCGAUAGGCAAUGAUCAUGCUGAUUUUCGAUAAAAUCGGUUGCAAUUGCAUCAUUUGAAUCCGCAUGCUCAACUUUGACUUUUCGCAAAAAAGUUGAUUUUUUACUCUCAAAACUGUUUUUAUAUAACAUUUUUCUCAUAUAAAAUUCCCAUUCACACAGCAGUCAGAAAAAUUUCCCUUUUUUUCUUCGAAGAAACGGUUCGAAAGAAAAUGUUUGAUUCGACUUUCCGCAUGAUUAGUUAUAAUAGUAUCCUAUGUAUGAGUAUAAUAAAGGAAUUAUAUAAAAACAA